UCUCCCGGAGACGGCCGGGCGGGGCCGCGCUGCUGGGCCUGGCGCGCGGUUGUGGUUCCGGGGCGCGGCGGGCAUGGCCGUGCUGCUGGAGACCACGGUGGGCGACCUGGUGAUCGACCUGUACACGGAGGAGAGGCCCAGAGCUUGUCAGAAUUUUCUGAAGCUUUGCAAAAUCAAGUACUACAACUACUGCCUCAUUCACAAUGUACAGAGGGAUUUUAUUAUACAAACUGGUGACCCCUUGGGGACUGGCCGUGGAGGGGAAUCUAUCUUUUGUAAACUCUAUGGUGAUCAAGCUAGAUUUUUUGAGGCAGAAAAAGUGCCAAGAAUUAAGCACAAGAAAAAGGGAACCGUGUCAAUGGUGAACAAUGGCAAUGAUCAACAUGGAUCUCAGUUUCUUAUUACUACAGGGGAAAACCUAGAUUACCUUGAUGGUGUGCACACAGUGUUUGGAGAAGUAACAGAAGGCAUGGAUGUAUUAAAGAAAAUUAACGAGACUUUCGUUGACAAGGAAUUUGUUCCUUAUCAAGACAUCAGGAUAAAUCAUACAGUAAUAUUAGAUGAUCCAUUUGAUGACCCUUCUGGUUUGGUAAUACCUGACUGCUCCCCAGAGCCCACCAAGGAACAACUAGAUAGUGGCAGAAUAAGAGCAGAUGAAGAAAUUGAUGACUUCAAAGGAAAGUCUGUUGAUGAAGUGGAAGAAAUUCAGGCAGAGAAAGAAGCAAAAACUCAGGCCAUUCUUUUGGAAAUGGUGGGAGAUUUACCAGAUGCAGAUAUCAAACCACCAGAAAAUGUGCUGUUUGUUUGUAAACUGAAUCCUGUGACCACAGAUGAAGACCUGGAGAUAAUAUUUUCACGAUUUGGGCCCAUUAAAAGCUGUGAAGUAAUUCGAGACUGGAAGACAGGUGAAUCUCUUUGUUAUGCUUUCAUUGAAUUUGAAAAGGAGGAAGAUUGUGAGAAAGCCUAUUUCAAAAUGGAUAAUGUGCUGAUAGAUGACCGGAGAAUACAUGUGGAUUUUAGCCAAUCUGUUGCAAAGAUUAAAUGGAGAGGAAAAGGUGGGAAGUAUACCAAGGACGACUUCAAAGAGUAUGAAAAGGAACAUGAUAAACAUUCCAAAUUAACUUUGAAGGAGAAAGUAAAGUCAAAUCAAAACGCAAAGUAUGACCUUGUGCUGGAUGAGGAGAUAGAGGAGGCUAGAGCAAGUCACCCACACUCGGGUAAAAAACACAAGAAGAAAAAGCACUGCCACUCUGACGAUGAGGAGGAUGACAAGACGACCAAAAAAUCCAAGGACUCUGACCGGCAAUAUGAAGAAGAAUGCUGUAGAGAGAAAAGAAAGAGCGAAAAGAGAGACAGACAUCAAAGUCGCAGUCGCAGCCAGUCUCGGGACAGAGACAGCCACUACAGUUCCAGCAAAUCUAAAGACAAAUAUAGAGGAGAGCUUUGGGAAAGAGAGCGUGAUAAAAAGAGAGAGAGAAGCAGAAGCCCUAAGAAAUCCAAAGAUAAGGAGCGGUCCAGAUAUAGAUGAUGAAAUACCCUUCUCUUUCUAUAUUUAUAUAAUGCAUUGGAAACAACUAUGCAGGUACCAGAGCAAAGCUCUGUUUGCCAAUACUUCUUGAUCUUUCAGUCCCAGGACUGCCUAGUGUACAUGUGUAACCUUUAAUAGCGUAGAAUACUGCUUGAUUCUGGAUGACUGUCUCAAUAAAGGAUUUUGUAUUUUAUGUAUAUUUCUUUGCUAUUUCACUACAGGGCUAAAAGCUGCAGUGUAGAGGUUUGGGCUUGGUCACCCUCCCCCCCAGCCCAACCCAAAUGUCUACACUGCAAGUUUUAGCCCUGCACUCUGAGCCAAUUGACCCAAACUCUGAGAUUCAGCGCAGUGGUUUUUUUGUUGGAGUGCAGACACCCAGAGCUAGGAACAGCGAUCAGUCAUGGUGCAAUUCAGCACAUGGUAUUCAACUGUUGGAUUGUAUUACAACAGACUGUCCAGAGUGGGACUGAUAGGACAGUAUGGUUUUCUCAUAGCCCUAAGAAAUACAAGGGAGUUGGGUUUUGUCUGUCACUUCCUACUUUGCUGUAAGAAAAUCCAUUCCUUGAAAAAGGUUCUCUUGUCUGGAAGACAGAAAUGGCUGCUUUUUUCACCACAUGUCAGGUAAACACUUAAAACUAUUAACACAUCUAAUUCUUAUUCUUAAUGCUUGCUGUGUCUGAAGUUAAUGCUGUUGAAGAGAAAUGGCUUGAUGAUUUUGGAUACUCUUUAUCCAUAGCACAGAUUAGUGUCAGUGCAAACUUUCAUGCUGCCUUUCCAAUGAGAACAAUACAGAGGUAACAACAGAAUUAUUACUGGAGUGCAGGGGAUUGGACUAGGUGACCAAAUUGAGGUCCAUUCCAGUCCUACACUUCUAUGAUUUAAAUAUAUAUGUAGGUACCUAAAUUUAGGAGAUGUCAAAUGGGGCUGAGAAAUUCUGGCAUACCUACCUCAAUUCCCAGCAUGGCUCACUACGUGAAGGCUGCUAUUCUGGAAAAUAUCCAAAUUCUUCCUGCUACAAAAAUGAAGUUCUAAGCACUAUGAGAUAGAUAGAAUCCACUGCUAUGAUCAUGAUCAUGUUGUAUAGUGCUUUCAGAAGUAAUGUUACUGUGUAGAUGAACUGACCUUUGUUGCAAGGUCAGCUGAGACAACCAACCAUUUCACAUCAUCGCUGUCCUGGCUGUGGUUUUGUGGCUUAGUAUAGAGAGGAGAUUCUUUUAAUAAGAGGCCAUAAUCAUGCCCUCUAUAUCUAGCUUCACAGCUUCCUAAGAAAGUUGACUCAUUCUACUCCUGUUGAGUUCAUACUUCCCUACUGUUGUUUCAUUUUUGUCAGAGCUAUGGUAGCUUCAACCUCAGGAUUAAUAUUGACAUUUAUUAGCAUGGUAUUUAAAUUAUCCAUUUCCCUGGUAAUGUUGAUUGUAAAACCAAAAACCUCAGAGCAGAAACCUCAGCUUCUUUACCUUCACUGAGCUGUGGCUGUGACGUCUUUUCAGGGGAGUUUUUCAGACACUCCAGGGCAUCAGUGCAGUUUUCUCAGCUCGAGAUUUGGGGUUUCUUCUUCUUUCCUUAUAGAAUUCCCUUUUCCUUAAAUAGCUUUAAAAUACUUAAGUGUGCUACAGUAUCUUAUUCCAUGGUGGGAGGGGGAGAGGGAGUUACAGAUCUAAGGGGCUUCAAGUCCUCUGCUCUUGUCCACAUGCAACUUUGUAGACACCUUUCUACAUACUCAUGCCACCAUUUAACAGCUGCACACACAAGUGAGAGAAUGUUUAUGUUCAGACCUCUCAUCACCUGCAAAUGCUGGUGUUAAUGCACUAAAAAUGUUUGCAGGAGGCCAGUGUCUCAAAGGCCUACGGUUACACCUUUGAGAUAUUGGUGGGGAAUGCCACCAAAAUGUGCAUAUGGGUUAAUUGAGUGACCAGUGGAUCUUAAGGUGAGGAAAGAUAAGAGACACACUAAUAUCAUCUCCCCAGGGCUUGCUGCUCUGUCUGUCAGGUCUAAAAUUAGUCUCUAAUCCUGCAGUUGAGAGCAUACUGUCAAGUGUAAAAUCAGAGCUGGAGACUAAGCUCUUUGGGGCAGGGAGCUAGUUCUAGAAAGCGCCUAAUACCCUGAUGGCUAAAAACAAUCUGAAAAAAUGUUAAAUGACAGUAGCUCACUCAAAUGCUUGUAUAUAAUAUAUUGUCUGAACACCUUUGCUCUAGCUGUCAGAUUUUUAUUUGUUUGAAGUGAUGGUCUUAAUGUAAUGCAUUGUGCCUGCAUUAAAAAAGCAAUCAUGAAUUUUGUAGGUGUUAUGACAAAUCUUUAAAGCUGAAGGAUGUUUUCAGGAGCGCUUAAGAAAUCUCGGGUUGACUAGCAAUAAACUUUUCAACUUGAA